AUGUCCGGCAGUGAUGUCGAGCACGUUUCUUGCUUUCUCAACGGCAACCCUCAUCAGUCCCGGCAUCAAUCUUCUCCGACCCCGGACGACGACUACUUUUACGACGCUCGAUCAACAGCUGUAUCGCUUAUCGCGCCGUCGUCGCCUCCCGUGCCUUCCCUAGCGAGUACCACAUACUCCGAGCAGCCGCGUCUCACAGGCUCGCAAGCCUUCCGCAUACCUGCCGACCUAUCUUCGAACGACUACCCCGAAAGCUGCGGUCGAGAUUCCCCCGACCCUGACGACUUUUACCGGCCGCACCAAUCCUCAUUGGCUGCGGAAGAUGGUGCUGGCGUUGAACCCGACGCUGCCUUGAUGGUCGGACUCAAGAACAACGGCACUGCAGAGCAACGUCCCGCCCUUUCCCAGCGUAUCUUUUCCUUGCCCACGCAUCCGACAGACGUGACAUCUGCAAGCCGAGAGCAAUACCGUUCGACGUCGGAUUCGUCAUAUCGGGGGAUCGGGUUGAAUUCCGCCAAGGGUCCUUCCGUGAGGGCGUCGACCGCCAGGUCACGACAGACCUCUUUUAAAGAUCUGAUAAACAAAUUCAACAACAACGUCGACCAGGUCCUGCCUGUUCCAGCAGCGUCGACCCCGAUAUCCCGCGAACCUUCGAGGGCCGCUAGUCCGGCCAGCCCCGUCGACCCGUCCUUCCGACCUAAACCGUUGUCCCAUCGACGUGAUACUUUCGACUCUCUCCCGAGCACGAACGAGGUCCCUCGACUGAACUCGCCUUUGACGUCUGGCCAUCCCUCCUCCGACCUUAUCCCUCCUCCGCUGAGAAAAUACCCCGAGAGCCCUUCUUCGACGCAUUUCAAGCCGGCGGAGUCGCACCCUCGGCGGCCGGUGUUUGGUGAAUUGCUCUCUGUCGACACGGGCUUCCAGGAUUCGGGAUAUGGACUUCCGUCGCAUCUGCGACGUCGAGGUUCUGAAGGGAGCGUUCCGAGCCCAAAUCCUGCGCUCUUCGACCAGCUCGAGCCGUCGUUUAAUCUCUCCCCGCUGACCCCGACUGCGUGGUACCUGGGAAAGACGCCAUUUCUGGAGGCCGUGAACAACGGGGCUAGUCCGAGUAGUCACCGCAGGGUGAGGAGUGAACUGUCUGGAAACUGGCUCGGAGGUGCGCCUGCGCCCCCUUCUGAACCAUCCCACAUGGCGGUCUCGGCCCCCUUGCAGCCGACCUCCCAGCCCUCGCUAGAAAGCCCGCAUUCCAAGUCUCGCAUUCCGAUUUCAUCUCGCCGUCUCAAUUCGGCGUCGGGCUCGGAAGCUUCCUCGCCCACCGCCAGUCCGACCUGCGGCAACCGGUCUGCGGCGCAAAUUCCGCUGCCCCCGAAGGGUGUUAGUCGCCUUCCCAAACCGUCGCUCAAGCCCGCCCGCGACAUUCCCGACGACGACCAAACGGCGUUUGCGUUGUCUCCCCGUGCCAGGAGAGAAAUGGCCCACGGUCGCUCCCGUCACCAACAUCCCGCCAAAGGUGCCCUGCUGGAGGCAUACAUAGCCGCUCCUCCCCCGAAGAAAUCGCCGCCACUUCGUAGUUCCCGGCCCCGUCAGCCCGUGUCGCAUGCGCCUCCCACGUCACGAUCGAGGGUCGUGGAAACAGUGUCGAAUUUCCAAAGCCAAAUAAAUCGCGACCGAGAGUCGAGAAACUUACGGCAGCGGAGGUUGCCGGAGCUGGGUAAUGUGGACUUCGCGACUCGACGGCAGCGAAUCCAACAGGCUUUCAACCGCACGGUCCAGGAGAAUGAAAAGAAAGAGGAGAGGGCAGCUGAACUUCGACGCCAGGUCAAAUCUCAAGACAACCAGGACGAGCGUCCGCGGACCCCUACUUCGGCCCCCCUUCUGCUUGAGAAAUCGCAACCGCAGUCAUCUCCCCAGCCUGACGACACCGCGACCGUGAUAGAUGAAUCGACGGAGAUCGGUAAUGAGGAAGAGGAGCAUUCGAUACCCGAACCGGGGCCAGCACGAGCAAUUCCCCAUCUCCAUGUCGAUACCGAUGUUGGCAUGCAGGAAAACCAAGGGGAAAGUACUGAAUCUCGUCCUGCGAUGAUGGAUUCCCCCACACUGGGACAUGCAGUUAUCACAGUGAACGAGCAAGAUGCCGAUCCCAAACUUUCCGGUCCACCGGCCUCAGUUAUCACGUCGGCGUCGAACGAGACGCAUGUCACGGCAUUUGACCCGGAGCCCCAAGCGGAGCUUGCUCGGCCGAAUCUUCACGCCUCUCACAGGACGCUUCUGAGCCAGAUUAUGCAGACCCGCGAGUCCAGUCCCAGCAGCUCCUCGUGCGACGAACCGGACCUCAGCUUUUCCGACAAUGAUGAUAAGGAGUCCAUUCCGAUCAUGUUGAGAGAUGCCUUUGGUCAAGAAGACUCUGUGGACAGCAGCGAUAACCAGGGGUCUUGUGACCUUUAUAUAAAUCAGGGCCCCCCUACUCGCGAGCCACCAAACAGAUGGAGCUUGAGCUCCUGGUCAUCCUCCCUCCAAAACCAACAUUCCACCGACGAUCAGUGCGAGGGUAGUGGAGAUGACCUCUCCCAGAUUCAGCACUCGGUCGAUGAUUGCGAAAUAGCCACGACUCAGUCGUGCUCUGCCGCCUCCAGCACGUCUCCUUCGGUCACGGGGGACCAUCAGCUUGCGUCGGCGGCGAGCCAGUCCAACAGCGCAGCUCCUCCAGCAAAGCCCGGAGGAGAACCGGCUCGAAAUGCCUAUGGAUAUUCCAAUGCACCAAGUCUAGCAAGGCUAGGUGGCUGGGACUCGAGGCGAGUCACCCAGCUUUAUUUUGAAGAACUCGCCCGUGGCAGAGGCCAUAACCUUCCCAUGCCGGCAGUCCGCGCCACGCCAGAACCAAGGCAUCCAGAUAGGUUGAGGUUGGAUAACAGAAGUGAUAGCUUGGCCGAUGAUCCAGUCUUGGUAUCUCGAACCCAGGAUUUGCCCUCAGAACGAAUGGGCCACAGUGCGAGCCUCGUUUUGCGGGAUGAUUGGGAGCAUGCAUCACCCUCCAUCAUGGAUUGGAUGCAGAUCGCCGCCCAUGAUGAGUCCGCCCCGAAAGACCAAAUGGGCGAUAGCACCAAGUAUGAAAGCGCCCCAACCCCUCGGAUUGUAGCCCCCAGCAUUCAAGGGUCCCGCCGGGAGGAAGGGACAGAUGAGGGUCUUGGCCUAGCCAUCAACGUCCAAUCGCCUCCGAAACCCGAUUCCAAUGAAGAGCGGCCAUCUUUACCGCACCCUGAACCUCCUGUGCCGUCUGCAUCUGUGGAUGCGAACGAAGAUGGCACCGUGUCGCAGCAGGCUUUCAAUUUCUCCCCCGAAAUUAUCUCCGCCAAAGCCUCUUUGAGUAACUUCGCAAGCACCGCCUUCGCCCCGCUGGGUCCAGUCCAAAGCAGUGGUAGUAGCGGCGACUCAUCUCUUCGACGUGUCGACCGUCCGCAUUCGCCCCAUGCUCUAGAUUCAUCGGCCACGUCUUUGGUCCCUUCUACUUCAGAGCAGGCCCGUCCAGAUAAUGCGUCUCCAUCCCCAGAGCAACGGCGUCUCAAGAAACGAAGACACGUUAUCAAGGAGCUUGUUGACACGGAAUACACAUUCGGAAGGGACAUGAAAGUUGUGGACGAUAUCUAUAAGGGAACUUCGAGCUCGUGCCUGGAUCUCUCGUCUGAAGAUGUCAAGAUUCUUUUUGCAAACUCCGAUCAAGUCGUGCAGUUUUCCAUGGCCUUCCAAGACGCGUUGAAGGACGCGGCCAAGAGUGUCUACAUCAUGCCCAAGUCACAACGGUGGAGCAGCAAACGCGGUGCCCGCAACAACCACAUUUCGAAAGCCGACGCCGAUACCCCGACCGGGACCGGGACAUCCGAGCUGGAGAAAGACCAUUCCACUUUCAUUGGCCAGGCAUUCGUGACCAAUAUGGCGUACAUGGAGAAGGUCUAUGCGGAUUACCUGAGAAACCAUGAUGCCGCCAACAAGAAACUCCAGGCCCUUCAGCGGAACCCCAAGGUGGCCAUCUGGCUUAAGGAAUGCCGGGAUUGGGCGUCGGACCUCACAACCGCGUGGGAUUUGGAUUCGCUGCUUGUUAAACCAGUGCAGCGGAUUUUGAAAUACCCUCUCCUGCUGAGUGAGCUUCUUGAUUCGACACCCAACGACCAUCCGGAUCAUGCGUCGCUUGUCACUGCUCUAGAGGAGGUAACGAAUAUCUCCGUCCGUAUCAACGAAAUGAAGAAGCGCGCCGACCUGGUCGGUCAGGUAGUUGCCCGCAAGCGGAAGGAAUCCGAUGUCCGAACGGGCUUGUCGAAAGCUUUUGGCCGCCGUACGGAGAAAUUGAGACAGCAGGUGGGACUUUCUGAAUUGGUCGAAGACAAAGAAUAUGACAAUCUUUCCCAAAGAUUUGGAGACAACUUUUUCCAAUUGCAAGUUGUCAUGCGAGAUGCUGAGAUGUACACACGCGAAGCUCAAGCAUCGAUGGACUGUCUCAACGAAUUCGUGGUGGCAAUCGAAGGCUUUAUCGACGUGUCUCAGACCAACUACUCCGAGCUGGAAGGAAAAUGGCGUGAGCUUAAAGUCUGUGUUCAAGAGAUCGUCACCAUCGCGCUACCGGAACAUCUUGCCACUGUCCGGAAGAGUGUCAUCGAGCCCAUGGUCACCUUAUUGAAAUUACACGAUGGACCGCAACGAGUGAUGAAGAAGCGUGAUAAGCGCCUGAUGGACUACGCUCGAUUCAAAGGCAUCAAGGAGCGGGGAGACAAGCCCGAUAAAAAGACCGCGGAACAAGGAGAGCAAUUUGUUGCCCUCAACGAAACUCUCAAGGACGAGCUUCCGAAGCUAUACUCCCUGACCGCCAAAUUGAUGGAGGCCUGUUUGAAAAACUUUGUCCAGAUACAAACAACUUGGUUCAAUUGUUUGCAAGACAAGCUGACUCCACUUGUGGAUGCCUUCCCGGACGACCUUCAGAAGCUGGUGGAUGACUGGUCUGCAACAUUCACUUUCUCCGAGGCGCAGGUGCUAUCACUCGGUGUCUGCAAUGGGUCGUUGCUCGCCGAUGCCGUCAACCUCGUCAAUUUCAACACCCCCUCGACUGGGGCCACUAUUAGCUCCCCGCGACGCCCUUCGACCGUGAACAGCGCCAGCACCCGGGUCGGAUCUACCAUGGAAGAAAUGUCCCCUAAAGUCUCCUACGAUUUCAGCAACGGGGCUCAUCCUUUUCAAUCCCCGAGCAUCGACAGUCAAUCGCAGCUAUCUCACGGACGCAUGAGAGCUGAUUCAUCAUUCUCCGGCCGCGCUGCUCCAGAAGCACCGGAGAUACCUCGGAGCCAAAUACUGCAACAGAUCACCAGCGCACCAUCAGGCUCCGCGCCUCCGUCCGUCUCCCAGACCGAGUCAUUUCCGAGCCUUCCCAGGUUGAGCCUCGAUUCUCCGUUCCUUGCCGACGUCAUUGGAUCUUCAAGCAGUGCCACCCAGGCGGAUGAGGACCACCCGACCUCUCCUGCUGGUCGCUACUCGGGGUUCUUCUCGUCAGCGAUGCCCAUGUCGGAUAACCCGCAGGACGAAAAUACUGCGGCAGAGGGCAGUGCGUCCAAAGAACCGACGGUGUUAUUCCUCGCCGCCAGUAUUUAUGAAUUCAAUAUCGAUCGUGCCCGACGCGAAGCUGGAUAUCCGUAUCUCACCUAUGUCGCCGGAGAAAUAUUCGAUGUCAUCGCCGAGAAGGGUGAGUUGUGGCUAGCCAAAAACCAGGACGACCCUACGCGUCAGGUUGGCUGGAUCUGGAACAAACAUUUCGCCAAGCUUUCAAGUUGA